CAUUACUAUUUUUGAGAUCAACUUUUUUGUUGUGUUUUUUAUUUUUCUAUUACUAUUGAGUGAAACAACAAAUCAUUUCAUUUCAGACAACAAUUGAAUCACAUUUUGUUUCAACACUUCUUCCGACCAAACAAUCACUCAUUUGUUUGACUUUUGAUUAAUUAAUAAUUUAUUUAUUUUGUAUUUAAUUAAUUAAAACCAAUCGUUAGAAGACAUGGAAACGAAUAAAUUGAUUGAAUUAUUUAAGGCGACAAUCGAUCCGAACCUUCGCGAAGACGCCGAGAAACACUUGGAUCAAGUGUACAAAAUCAUUGGUUUCGUGCCAUCGGUUCUGCGGUUAGUGAUGGACAACAGCGUCGAGAUGCCCGUCCGUCAGGCGGCCGCCAUCUAUAUGAAGAAUCAGGUGUCGCAGAACUGGAUGGAUAAGACACCACCGCCCGGACAACCGGCACAACUGGUCUACUCGAUCCACGAACAGGACAGGGGUCUGAUCCGCGACUCGAUAGUGGACGCCAUAGUGAUGGCACCGGACCUGUUGAGAGUGCAUUUGGCCACUUGUAUCAAUCAUAUGGUAAAACACGAUUUCCCGUCGCGUUGGACCACAAUUGUGGACAAAAUCGCGGUAUAUCUGCAAACCCCGGACGUGAGCGGAUGGAUGGGAGCGCUCGUAGCUCUCUAUCAAUUGGUGAAGAACUAUGAAUACAAGAACAAUGAGGACAGAACACCACUACUCGAAGCACUCAAACUGUUAGCCCCACUCAUGUAUAAUCUAUUGGUGGGUCUAAUGCCAGACCCGAGCGAACAAUCAGUUCUGCUUCAGAAGCAGAUAUUGAAGAUAUUCUAUGCGCUGAUCCAAUAUAGCUUACCAUUGAGUUUACUCACCAAAGAUAUCUUCACACAAUGGAUGGAACUGUUUCGACAAGUGGUCGAUAGGGAUGUGCCAAACGAGACAAACAAUAUAGACGUCGACGAGAGGCCAGAGUUGGCCUGGUUUAAGGUGAAGAAGUGGGCCGUCCGGACACUGUCCAGACUUUUUGAACGCUACGGAUCGCCGGGAAAUGUGCACAAAGAGUAUAAAGGGUUCGCCGAUUGGUAUAUAAAGACAUUCUCUCACGGAAUCAUUCAAGUGAUACUUAAGAUUCUGGAGCAAUACGGCCAUAAGGUAUAUGUGCCGCCCCGUGUCCUACAACAGGGCCUCAAUUACCUGAACACAGCUGUCAAUCACGCGUUUACGUGGAAACUGAUUAAGACACACAUGUCUGUCAUCGUUCAGAAUAUACUCUUCCCUCUCAUGUGUUAUACCGACGAAGACGACGAGCUCUGGAGCACUGAUCCGCACGAAUACAUUCGCCUCAAGUUUGACGUCUUCGAGGACUACGUGAGUCCCGUGACGGCCGCCCAAACACUUCUGCACACGUGUUGUAAGAAACGCAAAGAUAUGCUCCAAAAGUCGAUGGGUUUUGCCGUUCAAGUGCUGAGUAACGCGACGUCCGAUCCGCGCAUGAAAGACGGCGCCCUCCAUAUGGUCGGGUCGGUGGCAGACAUUCUCCUCAAAAAGGACUUAUAUAAGGAUCAGAUGGAGAAUAUGGUUGUGGCGUAUGUUUUCCCGCAAUUCCAGUCGGCGCACGGCUAUCUGAGGGCGCGCUCGUGUUGGGUUCUGCACCACUUCUAUCAAAUCACGUUCACCAACGACGCCAACCUCUAUCAGGGCCUGUCUUACCUCCAGAACUGUCUGCUCACUGAUAAGGAUCUUCCGGUCAAAGUUCAAGCGGCCAUCUCUUUGCAAGACAUGAUCUCUUCGCAGUCCAAAGCGCAGCAAAUGAUUGAACCGAAUAUCACGCAAAUAGCGCUGGAAUUACUGAAAGUGAUUCGUGAGACCGAAAGCGAAGAACUGACAAAUGUUAUGCAGAAAGUUGUCUGCAAUUUCAGCGAACAGUUGACACCCAUUGCCAUCCAAAUGACCGAACACUUGGCNUUAGCCAAUUAUAAGAUUAUUGAUUACACAUUGGGUCCUCAUUAUGACUAUAAAACUAUAAAAACGACUAAAAUAUUACAAAUACUGUACAUUGUAUUAACAAAUGCAUGA